UUGAAUGGAAUGAGAGAAGCCCACAAAAGCCAAUGGCAUCGAAACUCUCCCCCAAACUUAUCAUCUGCUUAAUCCUCCCUUCCUGCUUCCUCAUCCUCUUCCACUCCUUCUUCCCCCUCUUACUCCCCCAAUCCAAAACCCCCUUCUCCCCCCUCACAUCAUGCAAUCUCUCCGACGGCCGCUGGAUUCUCGACCCCACCCGCAAGCCCACCUACGAUUCAGCCUGCCCUUUCCACCGAAACGCGUGGAAUUGCCUCAAAAACCAGCGCGCCAACAUGGCGCGGAUCAAUUCAUGGAAAUGGUCGCCUCACGCCUGCGAUCUGGACCGGGUCGACCCGGUUAGGUUCCUCAAUUUGAUGAGGGACAGGAGUAUUGGGCUUAUUGGGGACUCUUUGAAUGAGAACUUUUUGGUGGCGUUUCUGUGUGUGUUGAGAUUGGGGGAUGCUGGUGCGAGGAAGUGGAAGAGGAGAGGGGCGUGGAGAGGGGCUUAUUUCCCCAAAUUCAAUGUGACUGUGGCGUAUCAUCGUGCUGUUUUGCUGGCUAGAUAUGAGUGGCAGACUAAACAGCCUGGAUUUUCUGGUCAAGAUGGAGUCAAAGGAAUAUAUCGAGCAGAUGUUGAUAUUCCAGCUGAUGAUUGGGCUAACGUUUCUGAUUUCUACGAUGUUCUGGUUUUCAACACCGGUCACUGGUGGGGCCCUGAUAAAUUCCCAGAAGAAACUCCUCUCGUAUUCUUCAAAGACGGUCAGCCAAUACAUCCUCCUCUGGACUUAAUGGAUGGGCUGAAAGUUGUUGUCAAGAACAUGGUAUCUCAUAUCGAGAAAGCUUUCCCCAAGAAGACGCUCAAGUUCUGGCGGCUGCAGUCACCGCGGCAUUUUCACGGGGGCGACUGGAAUCAGAACGGGAGCUGCUUGUUCGACAACCCUCUUGAAGAAUCCGAGAUAGAUUUAUGGUUUGAUCCAGCCAACAACGGAACCAACAAAGAAGGUAGAAUAGUGAAUGAAGUGAUCGGGGAGGCGUUGAAAGGGACGAGCAUCAUACCGCUGGACUUGAGCCGUUUGAGCGAGUGGAGAGCCGACGCUCACCCGGCGGUGUGGCUGGGGAAGAAGGACGCAGUGGCUGUGUGGGGACAGGACUGCAUGCAUUGGUGCUUGCCUGGUGUUCCUGAUACUUGGGUUGAUAUAUUAGCACAACUCAUCACAUACAACUUCACUCCACUUUGAUUUCAUGAUUUUGGUCUUUUUUCACCUAUUAAAUUCAUUAUUGUAAAACCUUUUUAUUGUUGAGCUUUUAACAGGGUGUGAUCAAUUUCGACACAACUCAUAAGCCGUUCUGAUGCA